CGCGACGAAACCAGCGAAGGUCAGCCCAGCCACCGUAAGUAACCCUUGCGCUGACGUCUCCUUUCCAGCAGGAGAUUAAUUAGGAAACGCAGAUCUCAUCUCAUUUCAUCAGUUGAGAGAAGAGAGAGAAGCUCAAGAAAGGAAAGCAGUUAAAGACAAGACUGAAGAAGAAGAAGAAGCGGUAGUAGUAGUAGAACUAGAUUAACAAUGGCAAGAGCUGGAGGAAUCACGAAUGCGGUGAACGUGGGGAUAGCAGUCCAAGCCGAUUGGGAGAAUCGGGAGUUCAUUUCCCACAUCUCCCUUAACGUCCGUCGCCUUUUUGACUUCCUCGUUCAGUUUGAGGCUACAACGAAAAGCAAAUUGGCGACUCUGAAUGAGAAGCUUGAUACGCUGGAGCGUCGUCUCGAAUUGCUCGAGGUCCAAGUUGGUAGCGCUACUGCCAAUCCGGCUCUCUUCACCCCUAAUUGAUCAUUCUUCCAUCUGUAUAUCAGUACACUACAUAAAAUUACGCAUUUGCCUCUAUGUAUGUAAGCAGUUUCUCAUUCGAUGCGGUUCUUUCCUUCAAGUGCUUACCUUGCUACUUUUCUGUUUAUUCCCGUGAGUAUACUGCUAGCAAUAUUUGCAUAUCCAUCCAUGUAUUAUUAUUAUUUGGUUAUAUAGGCAUUGCUAAUUGAGCAAUUUAUGAAAA